GCCCCGCCUCGAGCAUCCCGCGCCGACCGGGCCGUGCCGGCCGAGCGCUGGAGGGUGAGCGUCAUGGCCGCUUCGAGACAACCCCAGGUCGGAGAGCUGCUGGCCGAGGCCCGGAGGGCCUUCCGGGAGGAGUUCGGGGCCGAGGCCGAGCUGGCGGUGUCGGCCCCGGGCCGCGUCAACCUCAUCGGGGAGCACACGGACUACAACCAGGGCCUGGUGCUGCCCAUGGCUUUGGAGCUCGUGACCGUGAUGGUUGGCAGCCCCCGGGCAGAUGGCCUCGUCUCCCUCCUCACCACCUCCGAGGAUGCCGAUGAGCCCAGGCGGCUGCAGUUUCCCUUGCCCACAGCCCAGCGGGCCCUGGAGCCUGGGACCCCUCGAUGGGCCAACUAUGUCAAGGGAGUGAUUCAGCACUACCCAGCUGCCCCCCUCCCCGGCUUCAGUGCAGUGGUGGUCAGCUCCGUGCCGCUGGGGGGUGGGCUGUCCAGCUCGGCAGCCCUGGAAGUGGCCACGUACACCUUCCUGCAGCAGCUCUGCCCAGACUCGGGGGCAGUAGUUGCCCGGGCCCAGGUGUGUCAGCGGGCCGAGCACAGCUUUGCAGGGGUGCCCUGUGGCAUCAUGGACCAGCUCAUCUCCCUGCUGGCGCAGAAGGACCACGCGCUGCUCAUUGACUGCAGGUCCCUGGAGACAAGCCUGGUGCCACUGUCGGACCCCAAGCUGGCUGUGCUCGUCACCAACUCCAACGUCCGCCACUCCCUGGGCUCCAGCGAAUACCCGCUGCGACGGCGCCAGUGUGAAGAAGUGGCCCGGGCGCUGGGCAAGGAGAGCCUCCGGGAGGUGCAGCCGGAGGAGCUGGAGGCUGGCAGAGAGCUGGUGAGCAAGGAGGGCUUCCGGCGGGCGCGGCACGUCGUGGGGGAGAUUAGGCGCACGGCCCAGGCAGCGGCUGCCCUCCAGCGGGGUGACUACAGAGCCUUCGGCCGCCUCAUGGUGGAGAGCCACCUCUCCCUCAGGGAUGACUACGAGGUGAGCUGCCCUGAGCUGGACCAGCUGGUGCAGGCUGCGCUGUCUGCCCCUGGGGUUUACGGCAGCCGCAUGACAGGCGGCGGCUUUGGUGGCUGCACGGUGACUUUGCUGGAGGCCUCCGCCGCUUCCCAAGCCAUGCAGCACAUACAGGCGCAGUACAGCGGUACCGCCACCUUCUACCUCUCCCAGGCGGCGGAUGGUGCCAAGGUGCUGCACUCUUGAGGCGCCCCCUGCGAUGGCCCACGGCGGGCGCGGGGCCCCCGGGCAGCAAGCCAGGAGGCUCUGUGUGUCUGGCGUCUGCCCUCCCCACCCGGGUGCUCAAUAAACGUGCGCCUC